UCUCCACACCAUGAUCUAGUCCCUGAUGCUGGCGGCCGCGCCGACGCGGCCACGAUGCGCUUUCUCGCGUAGACGCGGGUUUCCUCCUGCACUCGUCUCAAAAUGUCCCCAGAUGACAGUGGACCCACGGCGGGAGCUGCUCUCGGAUGAGCCCCGCAGCAGAGGCAGGACCCGCCGGUGGCAUCCCUCCAUCUCUCUCUCAUCCCCGCUCCGCGGCGCGUGAUUGACGGCCGCCCCGGGCCGGGCAUCAUGUCGCCUCCAGCCCCCGCGCCCCCCGCGGGGGAGGAAGAGCCCCGGGAGGAGCAACGGCCUCUGAAGCAGUCUCUGAGCAAGUCCUUUUGCAGAGAGAGUUUUUGGAAAUGUCUCCUGCUGUCCGUCCUCAUGUACGGCUGCAUGGGAGUGAUGGUUUGGUGUCACGUCACCAAGGUGACGCGGCUCACCUUCGACAGCGCCUUCAAAGGGAAGUCCAUGAUGUACCACGACAGCCCCUGCUCCGACGGCUACAUCUACAUCCCCCUGGCCCUGCUGGGCAUGCUGUACCUGGUCUACCUGGUGGAGUGCUGGCACUGCCACGUGACCAGCGAGCUGCAGCACAAGGUGGACGUGGAGGGAAUCUACGAGCGCAUCCAGAGGAUGAAGCAGGCCAAGCCCUGCAUCUGGUGGAAGGCCAUCAGCUACCACUACGUCCGGCGGACCAGGCAGGUGACGCGCUACCGGAACGGCGACGCCUACACCAGCACGCAGGUCUACCACGAGCGCGUCAACACCCACGUGGCCGAGGCGGAGUUCGACUACGGCCACUGCGGCGUCAAGGACGUCUCCAAGCAGCUGCUGGCUCUGGAGAAGUCCCCGCUCACCAAGAUGCGGUUCACCAAGUGCUUUAGUUUCGCCAACGUGGAAUCGGAGAACUCUUACCUCACGCAGAGAGCGAGGUUUUUCACCGACAACGAAGGCCUUGACGACUACAUGGAGGCCAGGGAGGGCAUGCACCUGAAAAACAUCGACCUGAAGGAGUAUGUGAUGGUGCUCUCGGACCCGGAGCGCUGCCCCUGGUACCUCUCCCACUACGUCUUCUGGUUCGCCUCUUUCCUCACCUUCUCCUGGCCUCUCAGAGUCUUCACCGAGUACCGCACGGCCUACGUCCACUACCGCGUGGAGAAGCUUUUCGGGCACGAUUACCUCCCUGUGACGCCGUGCGAGGACCGGCCGUACUGGCGCCGCAUCCCGCGCGUCAACACCAUCGACAGCACGGAGCUGGAGUGGCACAUCCGCUCCAACCAGCAGCUGGUGCCCAGCUACUCGGAGGCCGGCCUCAUGGACCUGGCCCAGUGCCCGUCCGGCUUCAGCGGCGUCCGGCAGAACUGCGAGCGCUGCCACCGGGCCGUCAGCUGCUCCUCCGUGUUCUCCCGGAGCGCGCUGAGCAUCUGCACCGGCGCCGGCGCCCGCAUCCCCUUCAGCGGCAGCCGCUUCUCGCUGGCGCGGCGCUACGGCUCCCAGCGCAGCUGCUUCUGGAGGAGCGGCAGCCUGGACGACCCGGAGAGUCCCGGGGAAAACACCCGCUGCCUGGCGGAGCGCGUCGCCGCGGACGAGGAGGAGCCGCCGGACUACGACGACGCUCUCUGCUACCCCGUCCUCAUCGUCCACUGUAGCGAAAACUGCCACAACCACAGGUCUUUCCACAGAAACGGCUCCUGUGUGGAGACUUCUUUAUGACUGGGAAGAGUCUUGCAAAACACACCGUCACCUCUGUAGCAUAUAAACACUCUGUCAAUCAGAAACAUUGUGCAAAGAAGUCUGGAAGCCAGAUACAAUACAGACCAAAAGUUUGGACAUACUUCCCCAUUUGUUUGAAUGAGGCAAAGGCAAGUUUAUUUUAGAGCUGGGUAUCAUCACUGACCUCAUGAUACGAUUCCCAUACACUAGGUC